CAACAGUAAUUACUUCUUUCCGUAUAAUCACAAUGGUCUCCAGAUUCGCUCAAGCUGCCAAGGGCAUCCGCUUCGCCUCCUCGGCAUCUGCCAACGCUGCUAACCCCUGGUUGGCCGAGCGCGUCGCCAUCAAGGAACACGCUGGUCCCGCUGCUGAGACCUGGCGCAAGAUCUCUAUCUACGUCUGCAUCCCUGCCGUCAUCGCUGCCUCUGCUAACGCCUACAACCUCUGGGCAAAGCACCAGGCCCAUCUGGAGCACGAGCGCCACGAGGGCCAUGAGGCUGUCAAGUACCCCUACAUGCGUCUUCGUACCAAGGCCUUCCCCUGGGGUGAUGACUCUUUGUUCUUCAACCCUGAGGUUAACAUGUAAAGACCAGUCCUCGGAAGCAUCGACGCUCAACCCAUGAUCAAGAAAGUACGAGUGAAGGAAAGACGAGGCAGAGAAAUCAUAUAGAACGUCUUAUCACCCGACUCCGGCAAUGAAAUCGGAGGCAUAGAAUUGUGGAUUUUUUCAAAUGUAAACCAACAUUGUUCAAACAUC